AUGGCUGAAACAGUAUUCAUCGCCUCCAUGAACGAUGACCUUCUACAUAACAUUCUCUUGAGGUUACCAGCGAAAUCGUUUGCUUUCGCUUGCUGUGUUAAUCGAUCCUGGAACAGCGUCUGCAAUCGUAUCCUCUCUCGUCCCAAAAUGAUUUCUGCUUUCUCUCGAAAUCCUGACCAACUUAGAGCUGGAGAAGAAGUACUUGAUAAGGUUUUAUCUGAGCCAAUUCGACCAUAUUUUGUGAUCGCAAACAUUACAUGUGGGAACAUGGAAAAAACUUUGAGACUGAUAGCGAAAAGAGUGGGAUCAAGGGUUCCUAUUAUUGUAUCUCUAGUUGCUGGAAUCUUAGGAAAAGAAGCGUGCAAUGAUAAACCUGAAGAGGUCAAACAGCAUGCUACAACUGAUGGUGUAAUGUCGGUUGAUCCAAGUUUUGCUAUACUGUUGACGAUUGGCUACUUGCCAGGAAUGAAAGUCGACGUUAUUCCUGUAAUUCUAGGAAAUGGGAAAUCUGAAGCAAGUAUUGGAGACAAAUUUGUGAUGGAUAUCAGGAAUUAUGUGUCUGUGGUUUCAGAUCAUGCUGCACCGGCCUGUCUUAUACUCUUUGGGGAGGAUACUCAUGCCACAGAACUUAUCAUUCUAAAACUAGAUUAUGCCAUGCCCGCAGAAACUAUUAUUGUGGGUGAUCAAAAAGGCGAGUUUCUACAUAAACGUGCUAAUGAAACAAUAAAUAUUCAGUUGCACGAAUACGACAGCAGAGUUCUCGCAGGUUUAAUCUUUGCAAGAGAUAGACACAGACCCACUCAGGCUGGACGAAUUCAGUUUCAUACUGCAAUUUCAAGAGGAAUGUCAGCGGUUGAUCUGAGGUACAAGGCGGCUAAUGUCAUUGUUAGUCUCCCUGGGGAUGGUACAUUUCUAACUGCAAAAAGAAGAGGAGAAGCAGAUGUUCUUAAUGGCGAUCAAAUUAUAGAAGACUUAGAAGAGAAUAUGUUAGGAAACCAGAUCUGGGAUAGUGAUGUAUGUAUUGGAGUUAUAAAACGAAGAAAAUACUCGAUUGGUUUGGAGAAGAAGCCAAAGAUCAUGGCCUCGCUUUUAUUUCAUCUAGUGACUGGAGCCGACGAACAAUAUCUUGCAGUCAAUGGUGCCGGAAUCAAAACCGGAGACUGUUUCCAACUUUACGUCCCUGAUCUUAAAGUUGCCGAAGCAUCACUGGAAGCUGUUUCUUCUAAGCUUAGAAAUCUCAAGUCUAAAGCGAAUAAAACGGAAGUCGUUGGGGGUUUUGUUUUUGCCGAUAGUGGACGCAAUGACUCCUUCUUUGGUCGUCCAAACGCAAACUGCUCGCCAUUUUUGGAGAAUUGGCCCGCGUUACCGUUUGGCGGUAUAUUCUGCGGUGGUGAAAUUGGACGCAACAUAUCCCUGGAGGAGGAAGAGGAAAAUAAAGAAACUAGCAUCCGAAGAUGUCUUCACGUUUUUAGUUCGGUAUAUCUUAUUGUGUCGUUUACCUCUUCUUAA